AGACCAUGAACUCUAUUCGUUCUUGCCGCCCCCUGCCGCCAAGUUCCCCAGGCGGCUCAUGAGUGUUUCCCCAUCCCCUUGGCCAGGGCGGUGCCCGGCCGCGGCCCUCAGGGAGCCACGCUGCCAGCCUUCUCUACCUGGGAGCACCCCCCGCCCCUGUGCACUUCCCGGGCUUCUCCCGAGACCCGAGAGCCCUGGCCUUCGCCCCCCUCGCGAUAGUCCUGGGGCGACACUGCGGGACCCUUCACUAGCCGCUCCGAGCACCAGGCAGUGGAAGGGCCAGGGGUUCGCGGCCCGGGCGGGCUUGCCGGCGCCCUUUGGAGCGGGGCGGGCGGGGCGGGGCGGGUGGAGCGGGCAUGUCCGGGCUUCGGGGCCCAAGGGCUUCGAACUCUUGUCCUGGCCAUGGAGCGGCAGGCGCCGGGCGAGGUGCUCAUGAGCCAGGCCAUCCAGCCUGCGCACGCCACUGCCCGCGGCGAGCUGAGCGCCGGGCAGCUGCUCAAGUGGAUCGACACCACCGCCUGCCUGGCGGCUGAGAAACACGCUGGAGUUUCCUGUGUUACAGCCUCAGUGGAUGACAUACAGUUUGAGGAGACAGCUAGAAUUGGACAAGUUAUAACCAUCAAAGCAAAAGUUACUAGAGCAUUCAGCACAAGCAUGGAGAUCGGUAUCAAGGUCAUGGUACAGGACGUGCUCACUGGCAUUGAGAAGCUUGUUAGUGUGGCUUUCUCAACAUUUGUAGCCAAAGCAGUUGGAAAAGAAAAGAUUCAUUUAAAGCCAGUCACACUUCUAACUGAGCAAGAUCAUGUGGAACAUAAUCUGGCUGCUGAGAGAAGGAAAGUUCGACUACAACAUGAAGAAACCUUUAACAAUUUAAUGAAGGAAAGUAGCAAGUUUGAUGAUCUCAUUUUUGAUGAAGAGGAAGGAGCGGUUUCCACGAGGGGCACCUCUGUUCAGAGCAUUGAACUGGUCCUCCCACCCCAUGCAAACCAUCAUGGAAAUACGUUUGGUGGCCAGAUUAUGGCUUGGAUGGAGACAGUGGCUACUAUUUCUGCAAGCCGCCUGUGUCGGGCGCAUCUCUUUCUGAAGUCCGUAGAUAUGUUUAAGUUCCGGGGACCGUCUACGGUUGGAGAUCGUCUUGUCUUCACUGCCAUUGUCAACAACACAUUUCAGACCUGUGUUGAAGUUGGAGUUCGUGUGGAGGCCUUUGACUGUCAGGAAUGGGCUGAGGGCCGAGGGCGUCACAUCAACAGUGCUUUUCUCAUCUACAAUGCUGCUGAUAAGGAAAAUCUCAUCACAUUUCCCAGAAUCCAACCCAUUUCAAAGGAUGAUUUUAGACGCUAUUGGGGAGCUAUUGCACGCAAAAGAAUUCGCCUAGGCAGGAAAUAUGUUAUUUCCCACAAAAAAGAGGUUCCACUUUCCAUACACUGGGAUAUCAGCAAGCAGGCAUCCCUGAGUGACAGCAAUGUGGAGGCCCUCAAAAAACUGGCAGCCAAAAGGGGUUGGGAGGUGACCAGCACUGUGGAAAAGAUAAAAAUAUACACUCUGGAAGAGGAUGAUGUUGUAUCUGUUUGGGUUGAAAAGCAUGUAGGAAGUCCAGCGCAUUUGGCGUAUCAGCUCUUGUCUGACUUUACAAAGCGACCUUUGUGGGACCCCCAUUUUGUGUCCUGUGAAGUCAUAGACUGGGUGAGUGAAGAUGAUCAGCUAUAUUACAUCACCUGUCCUACAGUGAAUGAUGACAAACCCAAAGACGUGGUAGUCCUCGUAUCACGAAGAAAACCUCUCAAAGAUGGUAACACUUACACAGUGGCAGUGAAGUCGGUCAUGUUGCCAUCGGUCCCCCCGUCUCCACAGUACAUCAGAAGUGAAAUCAUAUGUGCUGGAUUUCUCAUCCAUGCUAUUGACAGUAAUUCAUGCAUUGUAUCUUACUUUAACCAUGUUUCUGCUGGCAUCCUUCCUUACUUUGCUGGAAAUCUUGGUGGCUGGUCGAAAUCCAUUGAAGAAACAGCAGCCUCUUGUAUACGGUUCUUAGAGAAUCCUCCUGAUGUUGGAUUUAUAAGCACAUUUUAAAUGGUCAAUUUUCAAUUACUGGUAAUUUAAUUUCCCACUUUUAAUUCCAAGCACCCUUAGCCUAACAUUUGUGAAGCUUUGGGGCCACAAUAUAAUUUGAUGUCAGCCUAAGCAAACUGCAGUGAAGAAGUUAAAAAACAAAAUGCAUCUCAAGUCAAGUACCAGUGAUUUGGAUUAGCAUUAAAAGAGCUUUAAAAUUCUGUUUUAGGUCAACUGUGGCUCUGCCUCUUCAGGGGCACCGAUAAUGGAAAAUUGCCAGUAUGCAAUACUAUGUGUUCUAUAAAAUGGCAUGAAUUUAGUUUAACUCAUUAUAAACAUUUUUAGGUUACAGAGGUGAAACGUGUUCUGUGUGAAAUUUCAAAAAAAAAUUGUAAAAUCUAAAAUGAUGAUUUGCUAA